AUGCUGUUGCCCUUUCAGAGGAAACGUCUUAAGGCAGAAGCGCUGUGGACGACUCAGCCGAGAACUGCGCGUGCAGGGACAGCCACGCGUCAGCCAGAGGCGGCCUCUUCUGAGCCCUCGUGGAGCGCCCAUCGCGUCGCGGCACUAGGCGGCACAGAUUCCCGCCGCGGCGGCACGCCCAACGUCUUCUGUCUCCGCGCCCAGCCAAUCGAGACGCGGGAUCGGGCGGCAAGCGAUGUGGCGAGCCAAUGGGCGCCGCGGAGGGCCUGGCCGGGUGGAGGAAGCGCGGGGGCGACGGCGGGCGUCGUCGUGGCCGAGGAGAUUUUCGGGGCGCGGGCCGUCCAGCCCGGUGGUGUCUUCGGGAAGGUCAUCGGAAGGCGUUCCGCCGCCUACGUCAUCGACGAGGAGUGCCUUGUGUUCCUCGAUCUUUCCGCCCACGCCCCGCUGCUUUUCCUGGUCAUGCCCGCGGAGCCAAUUAUCAGGUUAUCUAAAGCAGAAGAUUCUGGCCAAUCCCUUCCUGGGCGUUUGGUGACUGUCGGCAAGAAGCGUGCCGCUCGCCUGGGCCUGAGCGAUGGAUUCCGGGUGGCUGUGGAUGAAGGGCCCGAGGGUGGGCAGUCCGCCUCUCGCGUACAUCUACGUAUUGCGGGCGGCCAUCGUUUGGGCUGGCCGCCUGGCUAAGAUGCUUGCCGCGCAAGAGUUGCUGCAGGUGGACAAAUCGGCACCGAAUGGAUUUCGUCUGUUGCCCGUCGAUCCAGCCACC